AUGCAAAAGGCCCGACCUCCACCUCCACCUCCGCGACCCAAGCCCAAAUCGCUCUCCUCCAACACAGUCUCGCCAGCACCAUCCAGUGUCAAUGUCAGUGCCACAAGGCGGAAGCGCGGCCUAGGCUGGCCGUGGGACCAACCCAGCACGCACUUCAAGCUGUACGAGCCUCACGCCGGCACAGCCGGUCGCGGUCGCAUCUCAUGGCUCUUCAACUGGGAGUGUUGGACCCCGGACGCCGUGCCCCAGGGGAUCGAAUGGAUCCCCUGCGUCCGCACGGCAAGCAAUGCGCGCGACCAGCUCGACCCGUCCUUGACGGACAUUAUCCAGAACCGGGGCAUCAAGACGACUGCGCUCUUGGGGUUCAACGAGCCCGAGAUCCCCGAGCAGGCGAACUUGGGUGUCGACGAGGCGGUGCGGCUGUGGCGCGACGUCGUGGUCCCCGUGAAGCGGAAGUUCGGGUUGAGGCUCGGCAGUCCCGGCGUGAGCAGCGACGUGGGGAGGAGUAAGCCGUGGUUGGACGCGUUUUUGGCUCAGCUGCACGGCCAUGAUGAGAUCGAUUUCCUAGUUGUGCAUUGGUAUGGGCUGCAUUUCGCGGAUAUGCGGGCGUUCUUGGAGGACAUGCAUGCCUCGUACAACAGGUUGCCGGUGUGGGUCAACGAGUUUGCGUGCUCGAGGAUGGGCAGUGGCGGGGAGGCCAGCGCAGAGGAGGUCGAGGUGUUCAUGAGGGAGGCAUUGCCUUGGCUUGAUGGGUGCGAGUGGAUUGAGAGGUAUGCUUACUUUGGGAACAAGGAUGUUGGGGCCUGGGUUGGCAGGGGGAAUAACUUUACAGAGGAGGGAGGGCCGAUCGAGACGGACGGGAAGAGGUUGACCAGGGUCGGUAGGCUGUACUGUGAGCUCUGA